UGUUCUGCGGCCCUCUUUUUUUUUUUUUUUCCCCUCAGCCGCGUAAUGGCUGCUCCCAAGACCCAGGGGCGUGCUACCCAAGGGGAGGACAGGGAUGGCAACUGUGGUGGAGCCGGCGGUGUCAGUUAUGAGGAUACUGAGGAUUAUAUCUUGGAGCCGCUUUCUCUGCCAGAAAGUCCAGGUGGCACCACCAGCUUAGAAGGUUCUCCAUCUGUGCCUUGUAUUUUCUGUGAAGAACAUUUUCCUGUGGUUGAACAAGACAAACUUCUGAAACACAUGAUUAUUGAACAUAAGAUUGUCAUAGCUGAUGUCAAGUUGGUUGCUGAUUUCCGAAGGUACAUUUUAUAUUGGAGGAAAAGGUUCACUGAACAGCCCAUUACAGAUUUUUGUAGUGUGAUAAGAAUCAAUUCUGCAGCUCCAUCUGAAGAACAAGACAAUUAUUUUUUGUUAUGUGAUGUUUUACCAGAAGAUAGAAUUCUUAGAGAAGAACUUCAAAAGCAGAGACUGAAAGAAAUUCUGGAGCAACAGCAACAAGAACGAAAUGACAACAGCUUUCAUGGCAUUUGUAUGUUUUGCAAUGAGGAAUUCAUCGGAAACAGAUCUGUUCUUUUGAACCACAUGGCCAGAGAACAUGCUUUCAACAUUGGAUUGCCAGACAACAUUGUAAACUGCAGUGAAUUUCUGUGUACAUUACAGAAAAAGCUUGACAACUUGCAGUGCUUGUAUUGUGAGAAGACCUUCAGGGACAAAAAUACACUUAAAGAUCAUAUGAGGAAAAAACAGCAUCGUCGGAUCAAUCCUAAGAACAGAGAAUAUGACCGAUUUUAUGUCAUCAAUUAUUUGGAACUUGGAAAAUCUUGGGAAGAAGUUCAACUAGAAGAUGAUCGGGAGUUGCUAGAGCAUCAGGAAGAUGACUGGUCGGAUUGGGAAGAACACCCUGUGUCUGCUGUCUGCCUGUUUUGUGAAAAGCAAGCAGAAACAAUUGAGAAAUUAUGUGUCCACAUGGAGGAUGCACAUGAAUUUGAUCUCCUCAAAAUAAAGUCAGAACUUGGAUUGAAUUUCUAUCAGCAAGUGAAAUUGGUCAAUUUCAUUCGGAGGCAGAUUCACCAAUGUAGAUGCUAUGGCUGCCAUGAGAAGUUCAGGUCCAAAGCAGACUUAAGGAUUCAUAUGGAAGAAGCUAAACAUACUUCACUGCUUCCUGAAAAACAGACAUGGGAUCAACCACAGUAUUACUUUCCAACUUAUGAAAAUGACACUCUGCUCUGUACACUGUCUGACAGUGAAAGUGACCUGACAGCUCAGGAACAAAAUGGAAGUAUUGCCAUCAUUAGUGAAGAUACAUCUAAACUGCAUGCUUUGAAACAAAGCAGUAUUUUGAACCAGUUGCUACUACAUGAGUCCUUGAAGAACUAGAAGAAACUGCCACAGAAGCAACGUUUCAUGUCUUCUCCUAUGAGACAGACACGAAAGAAUACUUUAAAGUUGAACAUCAGCAAAGGAUUAGUCCUUGGUAAAAUAAACUUUUAAAAAAUGAUUUUUUUUCCAAAAGUAAAGUAGAAACUAAAUAAAAUGAAGGCUUUUUGUAUUUUGGCUCUAAAGUUUUAUUAUGUAAUCAUUGUAACUCAUAUCUAUAAUAAGGAAGACAUGUAAAUCAGAAAGAAAUGAAAUGUUCAAAUUAUUUAUAAAUCUGAUUUCAACCAGUAGUUUCAGCCUCCUCCCCACAGACUUUCUUCAUCCAACAAGUCACAAAAUUUGAUAGAUGUGUGCUUUUUGUACUACAUUGGGUCAGCUGUAAACGUAGUGACCAUCAGAGGAGCCGAAGAAGAGAGGAGCAAUGGUCAAAGUCCUGGACAAUGCACGCUUUGGACACUAUUUGGGGAUAAUCAAGAUCUGACUAUAUUAUUAUUAUUGCUUUCCACCUAGAGUUAUUAAACUCCUUAAAAAUGAACUUCAAGACAACUUCACUUUCCCCUACAGUGUGUACAUGGCUAACAGAUGAGUAUCGUUUUUUUAUAAACAUGACCACAAUAACAUGAUAACAUUUAAAUAAAAUUAACAAUAUCUUCUUAGUA